CCGUCCAAUCACUAUGUCGGUUCAAAUCAACGGAGUAAGAUCUGGAUUUACGCCGCCCUAAUUGCCAUAGCCGAGCCUACAAUUAAGGAAGGCAUUUUUUUCUAUGGGCCUUGCAUUGAGCCCGGCCCAAAUAUCUAGCCUUUAGCCUUACACGCAUUGUAGACUUUGUGCAUCAUAUCUUGCGCACAACGUGUUUUGUACAGUUAUACGGUUGUGUCCUUGUUUUUAUCUGCUCUUUUUUUUUCUUCUGCAAAAAAAAUGUGUGUAUGAAUGUAUGAAUUAUAUAGGGCUAUUUUUUUGGUUGCAUACCAAAACUUGUCUUGCCAAAUAUUUGGUAACUUUGAAUAAUACAUGCUACUAUGCAUUUACAUUGUUACCAAUUUUUACCAAGCUAUUACAAUUGAUACUACAUUACCAGAACAUUGGUAGUGCUAAAACUUAUCUAAGGUUUAACACUACCAAUAAUUUAGUUCUCCUUGUUUUAUUGCAAAAUUAAUGUACACGUUGCAUAUAUAUAGUGUAAGAAAGAGUUAAUCGCACAUUAAUGUAACAUUUAUUGCAAAAUUAAGUUUAAUCUUAAACUACCCCAAGUUUUCCUAUGUGGAUAUUAUUAUGGCCGCCUCGCCCGCCUGCAGAUGCGCGAUGCGUGCGUGGCGAGCACGACUCGCAUGAAACCCAGACUAGAUGCAUAAUCAGGUCGGUUCAAUUCAAAUCACUAAUGUCGGUUCAAAUCCAUCUCAUCCGUCCAACCACUAUGUCGGUACGAAUCAACGGCACAGGAUAAGGAAGGAAAUCUUCAUGGGCCUCCCGUUGCGGCCCAAAUAAGAAGGCCAUGGCCUAUAUAGAUCGGAAAUCCAGAGCGAUCCCUUCUCGCAGUCUCGCCUAGCUCCUGAAGUUUUAACGAUCGCCUCCAUGGAUUCCGCCGCCACCGUCGCCGCCGCCCGCCUCCUCGGCCCUCCGGUGAUCCGAGCCGCGCGGCCGCCGCACGAUGCCGCCGACGCCGCCUCCCACCCCUUCCUCCAGCUACUCGACGCCAACUUCAACCCCCCUCCUCCUGGUCCUCCCGCUGCCUUCGGAUCGAAGACGAAGGCGACGCCGCGGAAGGCCCGCACCGAGAACGACUCCGCCACCUACGCCAACUCUGGCAACCCCUGCCUCGACCUCUUCUUCCAGGUCGUCCCCGACACGCCCGCCGACCGCGUCCGCGGCCUCGUCGCCGCCGCGUGGGCGCACGACCCGCUCACCGCGCUCAAGCUCGUCUGCAACCUCCGCGGCGUGCGCGGCACCGGCAAGUCCAACAAGGAGGGGUUCUACGCCGCCGCGCUGUGGAUGCACGAGCACCACCCGAGGACGCUCGCCUGCAACGUCGCCGCCCUCGCCGAGUUCGGCUACCUCAAGGACUUCCCCGAGCUGCUGUUCCGCCUGAUCCACGGCAACGACGUCCGCAAGCUCGGCAAGGCCAAGGCGGCCGCCCACAAGAUGCGCAAGGCCAGGGAGAAGAAGGCUGCCACACUGGCCGGCCGAAAGCGCAGCCGAGGCUACGGUGGCGGCAGCAUCCUCGACGCCAUGACGCCGUCCAAGCCGCUGCUCUCCGAUUUUGUCUCCGCCGAGCUCUCCAAAUCCAAAACCAAGAGCAAGAGCAAGGUCAAGCCCGAGACAAGCAGCAGCAAUCCCGGCGCGGCGAUGGAGAUCGAGAAGCCUCAAGAGGCGGCGCAGCCCGUCGCCAUGGAGGUGGACGGGAAGCCGGAGAAGGAGAAGGGGGUGGGCGGGAAGCCGGAGAAUAAGGAGGUCUCGAAGAAGGCGCGGAAGGCGGGCAAGUUCGCCGUGCAGUCGCUGGAGAGGUACUACGGCGACCGCGCCUACCGCUUCCUGUUCGACUGCGUCGCCGAGUUCUUCGCCGAACUCCUCGCCUCCGACCUCGAGCAGCUGGCCCCCGGCGGCAAGCGGAGGAAGAUCGGACUCGCCGCCAAGUGGUGCCCCACGCCGGGAUCGUCGUUUGACAGGACGACGCUGCUCUGCGAGGCCAUCGCCCGCCGCCUCUUCCCGCGCGACUCCAGCCCAGACUACGCCCAGCUCUCGGACGAGCACUACGCCUACAGCGUCCUCCGCCGCCUCCGCCGGGAAGCGCUGGUGCCGCUGCGCGACGUUCUCCAGCUCCCCGAGGUGUACAUGAGCGCCCGGCGAUGGUCCGAGCUGCCCUACACCCGCGUCGCCUCCGUGGCCAUGAGGCGCUACAAGGCCCUGUUCAAGAAGCACGACGAGGACCGCUUCGCCCAGUACCUCGCCGCCGUCGAGGAGGGCAAGGCCAAGAUCGCGGCGGGCGCGCUCCUGCCGCACGAGAUCGCGUCCGCCGCCAUGCGCGGCGAGGAGGACGACGUGUCCGAGCUGCAGUGGCGCCGCAUGGUGGACGACCUCCGCGCCAAGGGCUCCCUGCGCAACUGCAUCUCCGUGUGCGACGUGUCCGGGAGCAUGUCCGGCACGCCGAUGGACGUGUGCGUGGCGCUCGGCGUGCUCACGUCGGAGCUCAGCGAGGAGCCGUGGGCGGGGAGGGUGAUCACCUUCAGCGCGAGGCCCCAGCUCCACAUGAUCAAGGGCAAGACCCUCGCCGAGAAGCUGCGGUUCGUGCAGAGGAUGGACUGGUGCAUGAACACCAACUUCCAGGCGGUGUUCGACCAGAUCCUCCGCACGGCCGUCGACGGCAGGCUGCCGCCGGAGAAGAUGAUCAGGACCGUGUUCGUGUUCAGCGACAUGGAGUUCGACGAGGCGUCGACCAACCACUGGGAGACCGACUACGAGACCAUCUGCAGGAAGUUCGGGAGCGCCGGCUACGGCGACGCGGUGCCGCAGAUCGUGUUCUGGAACCUUCGCGACUCCACGUCGACGCCGGUGACGUCGACGCAGCCCGGGGUGGCCAUGGUGAGCGGCUUCUCCAAGAACCUCCUCAAGAUCUUCUUGCAGAACGAUGGCGUGGUGAACCCGGAGGCGGUCAUGGCCGCCGCCAUCGCCGGGGAGGAGUACCAGAAGCUCGUGGUGUUUGAUUAGAGUAGCGAAUGUUGUUUUUCUCCUCUUUCCGAAUUUUACUCUAGCUAUCUGCUAUCUCCUCUGUUAAAAUCUAGCUAUAAUCGAAUUGAGUUUGAUCCCCACAUUGGAACCAGUAAGAGAAAUGAAUUUGGUAGAGCUGGUCUAAAUUUUGCGUGGCGUCAGCUCCUUCUGAUUACUUGAUUUGAUACGCUCAAA